CAGAAAUGAACUGAUGUCACAGUAACAGUGAGUCAGCAUUUGUAUUGAUCUUUUGUUGCUAUGUAUGUUAUUAUGUCGGCUAUUUCGUCAACAUUAACAUUUAUUCAGCAGAGGAGUUUCAUGGUGCUCCAUCUGCGAAGAUGAUUUCUUUUUUUCUUUUUGUAUAUAGGAAUGAAAUCAAAUCCGUAUUUAACGGUAAACGUUUCUGGUAAGCUUAGCUGAUUUCACUUGGAGAGCUCUGCAGCUUCAGAUGGCGCUCAGCUCUGUAAGCCUCUUAUAGGAGACACGACCACAGCAGAUGCAGGGAGAAUGCCAAUCAGGAGCUCCUGCUGAGCAGAGAAACCCGACGGCUGUGCCACUGCCUGCUCCAAAUAUCUGACAUGGUUAACACAAAUCUCCGAAGUACCAUUUAGCGUUUUAGAUUUGCAGUAGAGAAGCCCAGUCAGAAGAAACAGUGUUCAGGAAAAUGGAGCAAACGGGAAGCCUCCAACAAAUCUGAACCGCCAUAAAACUUCGGAUCUUCUUCUGUGCAAAGGCAGAGCCAUGCUCCCUCAGGAUAUUGGGAAGCAGAAGCCUCGCCUUGUGUCGGACCCGGUGUGCGCAGGGGACUGUCCCCCGGUCCCGCCUCUGCACCUGAAGAACCGGGACUUUCCGCUGAGCAUGAAGCGCCUUCGUUCCGGCUCCGCGCCCGAGCGCAAGGUGCACUGCGUCCUGGUUGGAGACGGAGGGGUGGGCAAAACCAGCCUCAUCGUGAGCUACACCACCAAUGGAUACCCAACAGAAUAUGUCCCCACAGCGUUUGACAACUUUACCGCGAUGGUUGUGGUUGACGGAAAGCCGGUGAGGCUGCAGCUCUGUGACAUGGCUGGACAGGGGAAGUUGGAGAGCCUCCGGCCCUUGUGCUACAAAAAUGCUGAUGUCUUCCUCCUCUGCUACAGCGUCGUCCGUCCCUGCUCUUUCCGUAACCUCACUACCAAAUGGCUUCCUGAAAUCCGUCAGCACUGUCCCAGCAUGCCCGUGGUCCUGGUAGGCACCCAGCUGGACCUGAGAGAAGAUGUUCAAGUACUGAUCCACCUGGCACAGAACCAGCAGCAGCCAGUGUCCACAGAGGAGGGCCAGCGGCUUGCCCAGGAGCUUGGGGCAGUGAGUUUUGCAGAGUGCUCAGCACUGACUCAGAAAAACCUGAAGGACACUUUUGAUUCAGCUAUCUUAGCUAGCAUCCAGUACACAGAGAGCAACAACGUCCAGCAGCAGAAGAGGCUAACGCUCAGGAAGAAGACCCCUGAUAAGAUCAAGAGCCUUUCAGAGACCUGGUGGAGGAAAAUCAACUGCCUGAUGGGAGAGCAGAGCUGUGAAUUCAAAUGAACACAGUUUGAUUACAAACCUGAGUGAUGUUGUCUUUUACAGAGCUGACCAGGUGACAGAUAAUGCCAGUAGAGGAGGCAUUAUCAACACAAAGAGCAACACAAGUUCCUGAAAUAAUUCAAAUAGCAGUUAAAAACUCUCAAACUGACAGGAAAAUUCUGCUAGAAAAAUGUUAAUAGAUCCCCAACAAUUGAAUAAGUGCAUGUUAGAGUACAUAGAAAAUGAGCUGCACAGCCAGUGUAAAGAGUCUUUGUCAUUUAUGAGGUAUCUAGAGUAUAAAGACAGAUUUUAGUAAACUGCAUUAUGUAGUAGAAAUGUAGUACCUGUAGUCUUGAUGCAUGUUCAAUCAUCCAGCUACGGAAAGAUGUUUUUGUGCUGCGUUGAUUUUUGACAAUUUAUUGAAGUGCAGCACUGCAUUGCAGGAGCACUGCACUGGAAUCCUGUUACUAAACCAUCAACUACAUAAUUGCCAUCAACAAAAGAAGGUGGUUGCAAGGAGAAAUAUUCAGCAGAUCAUUCAGUGUGCAAAAAGUUCCUAAAACACAACUAGGACUCGAAGAUAUUUAAUAAAAUAAUGAAAGUAAUGUUAAUAUGAAAUGCACUUUGUAAACAAUGAACAAAUGAUGCAUGUAAGAAUCAUUUGUACUCUAAAUCAUUUUUCCUGACUUGUGAACUGAGAAAUGAGCAGAAUCUGAGGCUACAUGUAGAUUUGUGAUUGUGGGUUCAUAUUUUAGCCCUGAUUUCGUUAGCCUCACUCAUCUAAAGGGUAAAAAAAAAGAAGUAUUUGGUUUGUUUGUCACUUUUACACCCAAACAUUAUAUACUCUUUGUUAGUUGUAGAUUAUUUAUUGUGUGUUUAUAUUUAUUGAUUUGAAUGCCAUUCCUGAUCAUGAAAUAUGCUCAGAAGCCUUGAAUAAAA